GUCACUGUGAUCACAUACAGUGUCUAGUAUUCUGUAACGCCUGUGUCAACAUGUCUCAUGCUGAAGUACUCGCGGGCCGAUUCCUGUGUUUUGACCAAAUGUACAGCUUUGACAAGCGCCUGCAGACUUUCUCCGACUGGCCUUUUCGCGAAGACUGUCAAUGCACACCUGAGUUGAUGGCCAAGGCAGGUUUCGUGCACUGUCCCAGUGAGAAUGAGCCUGACGUAGUAUGCUGUUUCUACUGCCUCAAAGAGCUUGAGGGCUGGGAGCCUGAAGAUGUUCCCUGGUCUGAGCACGCCAAGCGCUCUCCAGACUGUGCAUUCCUUCAGAUGAAAUCUUGGGAUGAGCUCACAGCUAUUGAGUUUUUCCAUCUGGAGCAUGGCCGGAUCCGCAACUACAUAAGGAAAAUGGCACACAUGAAGAUUGCACAUUUCCGUGAUGAAGUGGAAAAUAUCAGCAAAAAUCUGCGAAUUCUUUUUGAUAUUGCAUCUUAAUCUCUUUAAAUGUAUUGUUUUUGUACUUGAUCUGCAAUCAUUAAUUUAAAUAAAUUGC